AUGUCAAGCACAACUACACUCACCGAGACUGCUCCUAUAGCGAAAGACUCACCAGGACCUAGUCUCACCGUAAUCAAGAAUGGAUUUGGCGCAGAGAUUACAGGUCUUGAUUUUACCAACGGCGUGACUGACGAGGCAUAUAACUACAUCAAGGAUGCUGUUACUAAACAUAGCUUUGUAAUUGUUCGAAAGACAAAUCUCAAUGACGAAACUCAUAUAGAGCUGGCUCGCAAGUUCGGUGAACUUGAUGAUGUAACUCCAUACAACAAAGCCGGUCGUGCUCAUCGCUUAAAAUACAAUGAGCUUUUUGACGUUAGUAAUAUUGAUUUUGACGGGUCUAUUGCCGAUCUCAGCAGCCCUCGUGCUCAAGCCAACAAGGGAAACUCCCUCUUUCACACGGAUUCCAGCUUCAACCCCCGUCGCGCGGGCUUUUCACUUCUCCUUGCCCAUGAGCUCCCUCCUCCCGGUACCGGUGGCUCGACGGCCUUUGCCGAUAUGAGGGCCGCAUACCGUGAUUUGGAUGAGGAAUUUAAAAGCUUCCUCCACGAGAAGAACUUCAUAGCGCGCCACUCAAUCCUACACUCAAGAAAGUUAGCAGCUCCUGACUGGUACAAGGAUAUAGAGCCGACUGAUCACUUUAUGAGCCGCCAUCUACUCCUUCAGAUCCAUGAAAGAUCGGGACUUCCUACUAUAUACCUUGCAAAACAUAUACAUUCUUUAGAAGGUGUGUCGCUUGAGGAGUCCCAGGCUAUUCUCGAUAGGCUCUUUGAGCAUGCGACACAGGACAGGUACGUUAUUGAGGCCGAGUGGAAGGAUGUCGGAGAUAUGAUCGUCUGGGACAAUACAUGUACAAUGCAUCGGGCGAUCAGUGGCGAGUUCAUGACCAAGUAUAGGAGAGAUAUGAGGCGGGCUACUGUACACGAUGAUAGCAGGCUGGCAUGGGGCUUCAAUCCUCAUAGCGAUGAGCGAAAUUUGGAGACAUCGACGCCGUCGUUGAAGAGAGUUAGCACUAACCAAGAGGCUUCUGGAAAUGCGUCAAUUGAUGUGCAAGGACCAAGCCAAAGCCCUUCGUGUGAUGUAGACAGUGAUCUGGAGCAAGGGCCUCGUGGUGUUUUAUCCAUGGAGCUCCGCAACCCGUCCGAUGCUCUACAGAUAUUAGCCAGAUCUGGAGAGACUCAGACGCCAAGUCCAUCACCAGCCCAGGCGGGACAUAUACAAAAUUCAACCAGCAUCCGGAAUGGCUUCUCUCGUAAUGAAUCGGUAUCAACCAUGCAGAUUAUCGAGGCCCAACAACGACCCCGAACUUUUCCGGCGUUCUUUGAAGACUAUGAAUUGGUGCAAAGAGGAUUGUUGCGCCCGAGUCUUGUCUCCGAGCUAUUGUUCACAUAUCACCAAAGUUAUCAUCCCUAUUUUCCCCUCGUCCGUCCUUCUUUUUUUACACCAGGAAGCAUGGAAAAACUGCAGAAGUCGGAUUACUUCUUACUAACCGCGAUUCUCACUAUUGCGUCAAGAGACGAACCUCAACAGACACUAACUCACCGUUACUGCUGGGAUCAUACACAACGACUUCUGAUUGAUGUCUUGUUGGCACAUCCCUGGACACAGACUCCGCGGACCGUAGAGGGUCUCUUGUUAUUAGCAGAGUGGCUGCCCCAUAUUCAGAUACAAGAAACGGCCUCAGAGUCACCAAAAAGCCUUUUCAGUGAGGACAGAACGGCUUGGUCUCUUGUUKGUCUUGCGGUGCGGCAGGGAUAUCUUCAGCGCUUGGAUCAGGGCGCUUUCCGUAAUAGUGAGAGCAGCGAGUCGAAAGAGCAGAGUGAACAGAAUCGACUGAUAUGGGCAUACAUUUUUAUGGCCGAUCGACAAAUCUCAGUGCGCCUAGGGCAAUCAUUCUGGUCCCGUGGACCAUCUUUGAAUGCAAAUUUCACAGCCAAAGAUUACCCAAGUCUCCGACCAGUUUCGGACAGCGACAGCGAAGACUACGCCUCAGUUUUACAGGCUUCCAUGGAAUUGAUCCAAAUCCUCCACAAUGCGCAUGCUGUUCUCUAUUCGUCCAAAGACCGAACCAUGGCAAUGGUGUUAGAAGGUAACUAUGCGCGAUAUCUCGACGACUUUCGAACUUCUGCUACGACAUGGCACUCAACUUGGAGCAGUAUCGCCGUGUCUACAAGUAUCAAGACGACUUUGAUGAUCAUGUACGAGUAUAUCUGCCUGUAUACCAACGCAUUCUCAUUCCAGGCUGUUUUGACCCGAGCCUCGAUGCCGCAUGGUACAAGCAAGGAGCAUUUCAAUAAACGGCUGUUUACUAAUAUUUUCUCCGGGGGUAUUAUGUUAUCUCCUGAUGGCAGAUACAUAUUUGAUGCUAUUAGUGCCGCUAUAAAUCUGCUGGGCUUGGUCAAUAGUCUUGACCCAUGUCAAGUGAUACGAUAUUUGCCUUCGCGUUACUACCUAUACGGAGUUUACGCAGCAGUACUAUUACACAAAGCAGAUUGCGCAGGCGCAUUCCAGACGGCAGAUCAGCGUCAAGAAGUCGCCGCCCUUGCUGGCGACUUUGUGACCGCCUUGAAGAAGGCACCAUCCACCGAAUCACAUAUCUGUCACAACUAUGCUCGGAUGCUGAAACAACUCUGGGAUCGACGCGACAGAAGAACGCCACAAAGCGCCCGAUAUGCCGACGAGACAACCACAACUGAUGAUAUACUUGACACAGGUAUGAGAGGCUCUGAGCAGCAUAUGGCACGAAAUAACGACAGACCAAAUCGAGACCAUUUCAAUAAUAUGCCUCACUUCUUUGGCGCUUCGCCAAUGGCGGAUAGCGAAUCUGGUGGAGUGCCCUCAAUUGAAAAUUAUCUUCUUGGGUCUUUUAUGCCGGGAAUAGCCGAUUUCAGCACGACUGAUUUUAGUACUAACCUAGGUCAGGAGUAUCAAUAUGUAACUGACUUUCAAAAUUGGCCAACCAACUGA